AUGCCUGAAGUGUCUACGUCCACUGGCUCUCCUGCGAAAGGAUUUAUUAGCAGUUGGAAGGCUGAGGCAGGCCAAACAGUGAGAAAGGGAGAUUCGCUUUUCGUAGUCGAGAGCGACAAAGCCGAUCUUGACGUGGAGGCGCCGCAUGACGGAGUUGUGCGAAAAAUCCUCGUCAGAGAAGGUGUCUCCGUCGCUCCUGGCACAGUUGUGGGGCUUUUAGCGGCAGCGGCUUCGCAGGCGGGGGGGACGGGAGGCGAGGAGGGGGUGACUGCGGAGGAGGAGGAAGGACUGAGCAAUGAUUCGCAGUUGCCCACUGGCACUGUGUCGCUGUUCAUGCCGGCCCUCAGCAGCACCAUGACACAGGGAACCAUCACCAAAUGGUACAAGGAAGAAGGCGACAAAAUAGAGGUUGGAGACCGCAUUUUGGUGGUGGAAAGCGACAAGGCGGAUAUGGAUGUGGAGAGCUUCGAUGCGGGCUUUCUCGCGGCUAUUUCUGCCCCCAACGGAACGACAGCGGCUGUCGGGGAUACCAUUGCCUACAUCGUGCAAAAGAAGGAGCACAUUGAACAACUCAAGAGAGCACUGGAGAAGCGCAAGCAGACUGGAGGGGCACCCAUUUCUCUAGAAGCGGCCCGUGCUGGGCAGCAGCAACAACAGCAACAGCAACAGCAACAGCAACAACAGCCGGCUGCAUCGGUUCUAACGGCGGCUGGUGGAGCAGAAAUUGAGCGCACCGUGCAAGCUGCAGCAACUGAAUGGCUCUUGCCUUCUGUGGAUCAGACAUCCCAGGAGCAGAGCGUGCCUGGAGUCUCCGGAGAGCAGUUACAACAGCUUCUCCGACAGCGACUUUCUACGACGGCACCUGCCGCGGCAGCAGCCCUUGCAGAUCCAAAGUUGUCAGAAGAACUACUGAAGAGGAUGCAUUUGCGGCCCCCUCCUCGCGAGCUGAGCAGCUUGGAAAAGGCGAUCGCAAAGAACAUGGAAGCAACGCUUAAUGUACCCGUGUUCAGGCUGACGCGCGGCAUUUCUGUUGACGCACUGUUCGAUAUGCUCGGACAAAUGAAAACGGGAGAACUCGCGGAUGCAUUUUCUCUUUCAAAAGAUGAGCGCUUCGUUGCACCCGGCCUAAGUGUGCUUCUGGCAAAGGCUGUGGCGCUGACAGUAAAGAAGCACCCCAUCAUAAACGCAAGAUUUGACGCCCAGAACCAAAACGUCAUCCACCCGCCGUCCGUCGACAUUGCCAUGGCCGUGUCCAUCCCAGGGGGUCUGGUGACUCCAGUUUUGAAAGACGUUUUAGGGAGAGAUAUUUUCACGCUGGCUCGCAGCUGGCGGAGACAACUAGCAGCAGCUCAGGGCGGAGAUUUCGCAGCUUCCGGACUAACAGGUGGCACGUUCUACAUCUCCAAUUUGGGGAUGAGUGGCGUGGAGCAAUUUGACGCCGUGUUGCCGCAAAACGUCGGCUGUAUAAUGGCCGUCGGAGCAGUGAGAAACGUUCUUCAACAAAGCGGACAAGGACUUAAGCAUAGCAAACAAAUGAAUGUUACACUCACUUGCGACCAUCGCCACAUCUAUGGUCAGCAUGCCGCCGACUUCCUUGUGGUGAGCUUGGGGGAUUAA